CUCGGCAUCAGCCCGGACAUUUCCGAUAAGAGCCGAACCCGUUGCAUUCUGGGAAAAGGAAGACUGGAGGCGGUCGCCAUAUUGUUUGAUUCCGCAGAUUCACUGGAGCAGAAAACAGCCAAAUUUCUGAUUAAACGAGCUUAUAUUAAACAAUUACACAGGUAGCCGUCACAUAAUAUUACACGAGGUCGCUGCAGACCGUGCUGCACUCAUAAGACCCUCUUUAGCGGUUUCAGUCGGAUUUAUUCGUGCAGAAUAUGGGUCGCUCCCGGAGCCGCAGCGCGUCCCGUUCCAAACACUCAAAACACAGCCGCAAACGGAGCCGCUCCAGAUCCAAAUCCAAAUCCAGCAAGAAAAGGAGCAGGUCAAAGGAACUGAAGAGGAGCAGAAGGUCCCGCUCGAGGUCAGACAGCAGGAGGGACAGAGGUGGCUCACCCCCCGACCGAACCGACAUGUUCGGCCGGACACUGAGCAAGAGAAACACCGACGAGAAACAGAAGAGAGAAGAGGAGGAGAGGAGAGCAGAGAUAGAGAGCCAGAGUCAGAUCCGUCAACAGGAGAUCGAGGAGCGUCUGAUUGAGGAGGAGACGGCGAGGCGCGUGGAGGAGCUUGUAGCACGGCGUGUAGAGGAGGAGCUUGAGAAGCGGCGUGAUGAGAUCGAGCAUGAGGUGUUACGGCGGGUAGAGGAGGCCAAGCACAUCAUGGAGGCACAGCUUUUGCAGGAGCUAGAGAGGCAGAGGCAGGCUGAACUGAACGCCCAGAAAGCCAGAGAGGUGGAAGAAAAAUCCAAGCGAGAGGAGCUGGAGAGAAUUUUGGAAGAAAACAACCGAAAGAUUGCUGAUGCUCAGGCAAAGCUGGCUGAGGAUCAGCUACGUAUUGUGGAAGAACAAAGGAAGAUCCACGAGGAACGCAUGAAGCUAGAGCAGGAGAGGCAGAAACAACAGAAAGAGGAACAGAGGAUGAUAUUGGGGAAGGGCAAGUCCCGACCUCGUCUCUCCUUCACUCUCAAAGCAACAGAGUGAUUUCUCUUCUCUUCUGAUGUGUGCUUCAUGUUGAAGUGAAUUGGAGUCUCAAAGAGAGGUCUGCCCUGUGCGCUCUGCCCACAAAAAAAACAUUUGAAUCCUCACGCUUCAAAACCGGACUUGCAGGCACCACCACAGACGUACAGAUCAGCUGUCGUCUUUUGCUUUUUUCAGUGUGUUGUAUUGAUAUUGCACACCGUUAUGCUG